CAAGCACACAACAAACUUUGUCAUUCGCUUGGAACAACACCGCCGAGAUCAACAAGGGUGAUGGGUGAUGAAGUUAGACACCGUGGGAAGGAACCUCCCUUCUCCGUCCCGGGCAAGGCCGCCGAAGCAGCAGUUAACGCGAACGCGAACGCGAAGGAACAGCAACACAAACGCGCCGUGGAAAAAAGGUCCGGCGCCAGCAGCAACAAUCCACAGGCCGAGCACCGCAGCGCUUCGUCGAUGCCGGCAGCAACGGCCGGACAGAGAGGGAAGAAGGUCUCCGCCCUAAUCAACCGCGGCGUGGAGUGGGAGACGUGGUUGGUGGGGCUGCAGCAUAAGCUGUUGCUCGGGGUGGCACCGACAGAGGAUGUGGUAGGCCCUCCUUUGGGAAAGAAGCGGGUAAGAAACGACUCCGGUAAUGUUGCUUGCGGGUGCGGCGGGGGCGGCACGGCUGCUCCCGCGUCCGCAAGGUCGGGGCAGCAGCAGCAGCAGCAGCAGCAGCAGCAGGAGCAGCAGCAGCAGCGCAGUUCUGGGUGCAAGCGGUGCGGCAGAAAGCGGCACCUGUACAGAAUGGUGGCGGCCGCCGCAGACAUCAGCGAGAGGGCGUCUUUCCACCGGGGGUUCCUGUGCUGGAAUUACGCCUCAAGGCUUCUCGCGGCCGGCUUCUUCUUCCUUCUAGCGGUGUACCUGAACGCCCUGGCCACCAUGGUCGCCACCCACCGCAACCCGUACGCGAUGCUGCUCGACCGCUCGGGGGAGCCCUUGGGAGCGCACACGCUGCCCGACCUCGGGCAUGACUUGUGGGCUUUGCUCUUGAACAGGCUCGGGCAUCACACGGAUUACAUCGACGAGCACGCCCUCCCAGACCGCAUGGUGUCUUUCGCGGGGAUGGUGGGCGACCUCUUCAUCCUGUGCCACCCGCAGCGCUUGAAGAUCAUGCGGAGGGUCUUCAUCAUCUUCGGGACGGUGCUGAUGAUGCGGGCGGUGUCCGUGUCGGUGACGGUGCUCCCGGACGCGUCGCCUGUGUGUCGCGAGAGAUUUGAGGAGGACGCGGCUAUCGCGGAGCUCUUCCCUGGCGCGUUUUUCGAGGCGGCGCGAUUCGUAUGGUCGCCCACAAGCUUUGUCACCUGCGGCGACAUGGUCUUCUCGGGGCACACGACCUGCCUGCUCAUGGUGGCGAUGACCUUCCGGAGGUACUGCCGCGCCUCGGAGCUCCAGACGAAGGUGCUCCUCAGAGGCUUCCACCUUUCCGAAGGCGUCUUGUCGGCGGUGAGACGGGCGGUCUACGCGUACGUGACCCUGGGGGCCCUGGUGAUCAUCGGGUCCAAGCUGCACUACACGCUGGACGUUCUGCUGGCUGUUCUCGUAACCUUCUGUACCUUCUCCUUCUACCACGACUGGGCGCUGCACGACUUACUGCGGAAGAACGUUAGGGUGAUGGAGUGGCUCGAGUCGGACGAGGUACGGGAGCAAGACCUUCUCGCGUACACCAUGGCCAAGCGCCCGUGACUCCAGUGUAGCUAUGAUAGUUGCCGCUGUAGCGACGCUUGGUUUAGGUUCGCCCGCUUGACGCUGCCGGUAGGGGGAGAGAGGGAGAGCCCAGAUGCCCCAGCAGCAGCGUGUGCGUCGGCUGGCUGGGUGUUGAUGGAUGCUCUCCCCUUGCUCUUGUCGAAAAGCGUGGUAUUUUAGUGCACGACGAAAUGUUACCCACGAGUUUGUGUGCUGGAAAAAGGGAGAGUUGCUUUCCCGCAACAACUGGCUUUCUUUCCUUGCUGCUGUCGUUGCAUGUAAAUCUGUUUUUCAGCACGUAUGAUAGAAUGACCCGGCGCGCAGUGUUUGGGCGCGUGCUGCCCCCGCCUCCUCGGCUGUCUGUCCCCUAGGGCACAUGUGACGAAGAUAAACAGGGCGGUGAUGGUGUAAUGACCCGUCGCGGCGAGACUCUCCGCGGCGGUUGUAAAUAGGUUCAGCGGCGAUUAUUAUUCGACCUUUCGUUUUGCUUUUACGCGCGAGUGGGUCUGUAUUCCCCGGGUUUUCUGUUUUUUUUUUUUUGUUCCGUUGUAGUGCAGUUGCAACAGCCGGGGAAGCCAGCGUUGUCGAGGCGGGCCGAUUCACCAAACCGCCAAGCACGAUUGAUGUGCCAAUCGCGAUUGGUUUGUUUUUGUCCCUGCAGCUUUCUGUCCCUUGUGUUGUGCCGUGAUGGUGGGGUGCUCUUUGUGGGGAUGAAGGCAUCACGAAGAAUGUCUUGGAGACGUCGUUGGCUGGGCGGCACUGAAUCGGUUGGGACAACGGAAAAGGAGGAAAAACGUAGUUGUAGCGUUGUUAUGACAUGAAGGCUCUCUCACCGUUGAUGAUUUAUUUCCUUGCCGUGCGUUGUUUGUUUGCGUGUGGGGGGAUAUCUUUGUACGUACGUCCAUUCUAAUGUACCCUGGCCAUUGUCACCCCCUUGUUGGUAACAUACAUAAAAAAGUGUUUGGUGUUUACUGCGCUUCUCACCGCUUAUCCGGUACUUGUUCGGACUUGAUAAACAACCAUCAGGAUUGUUGAACGUUGUCAUCAUGCCGCCACUUGUGUGCGACUUCACUUGCCGAUUGAGCCGGAGCGUGGUCUGAGUCUGAAACGCAGUGUAUCCUCAAGUCUGUCACGAGAAUUGAGUCUUGAGGGUAACGAAUCGGCAGUUGGAUCUGUGCGUACAUAUGCGUAGUAUGUUUUUUCCUCUCCCUGCUCUCUCAUGUUGCUGUGUAUAAUGCUUUAUCAGGGCCGCAUUGUUGGGGGGGAUAUUGGGGCACAUGUGUUUGUGUUGCUAACUGCUGUCAGUUUCGUUCGACAGCCUAAAUCACCACAAAAAUCGUAAUAACUUGUCU